AUGACGUAUCGUACGGAUGCAGAUGUCCCAAUGUUGCAUGGUUGGAAGGUGAAUAAAAGCGAAAUUGAGAAAAAAGAAACAGAUAUAGACGGCAUUGUGCGAAAUAAAACCAAACUUGCGGCCGCGUUAAUUAGUAACUGUCACUUUGUGAAAAAUGGAAGAGGCCAGUAUGUAGAGGAGCUACGAAAAUACAUGGAGGUCGACGUUUUUGGCAAAUGCGGUAAUGAAAACUUAAAAUGCUCUGGUCACUACACUAAAAAGGCCUGUGAUAAAAUUAAAGAUUAUAAGUUUUUUCUAGCAUUUGAAAACUCGAACUGCCGCGACUACGUUAGUUUUAAAAUGUGGAUGCAAGGAUUUGGAAACGAUGCUGUCCCAGUUGUCAUGGGUGCUUAUAAAGAGGACUAUAUUGAGCACGUUCGUGUACCUUCGAACUCAAUCAUCCAUGUAGAUGACUUCAAAUCGCCACGAGAGUUGGCCGAAUAUUUGAAAAUGCUUGAUAAAAACGAAACAGCUUAUAGAGAGCUGCACAAGUGGCGCGAAACUUACAAGAUUGAUUACGACUAUCGCUUUUUGGGCUCAUUCGCUUGGAGCACCCUCUGUUCAAAGCUAAACAGUCGGUACAACGAGCCACCAAGAUGGCACGAAACUAUCACAGAUUUUGAACAUCCGAGCAAAGAUUGUUACCUGAAUAAGUGGGUAAAAAAGAAAUGUAACAAAAACCCAUAUGAUUGUCAUUAA